AUGUCUUCUCCAAUCAACAAGGUCUUUGGCAAUGAUGCCACCCCAACCAUGCCUGAAGCCCCAAAGCAAAACAACGACCGCCGAGCGUCUGAUGCCUCUGUCGGAUCUGAGUCUUUCUACAAUGGACGCCGAAGGUCUUCGGCAGCCCAGAGAUUUGGAAACCUAGAGGCUCUUAAGCGUCGUCAGGAUGAGGAGAGCCUGGCUCGGAGACAAUCCUUCCAUGAUGCAUAUGGAAAGCCCGGCAUCAUCGGUACUUGGUGGAACAACUUCACCCGUGGACCUCUUCAACCCACUACACAGUCGCAGCAAUCGAAGGGCGGAUCAUCAUAA